ACACGCUUCAUCUACUGGCACUGGCCAUGGCAGCACCUAUUCCAUCCCUGUUCUUUUUGAUAAUUCUUGGGCUGUUGGUCGGACAAUCAUCUGCUAUCAAAUUUCUCCUUCAAUCCUCUCGAUACCCAGCUCCAAAAUGCAUAUGGAAUCCGGUCCAUAAUAACGCUCUUGUCAUCGUAACAGCUAAUGUUGGACCGGGAGACAAUCAACAAGUCGACAUAGAGAUUGUCGAUUCAACCGAGCAGAAGAAUGUCUAUUUGAGCAAGAGGAACGUUUCUGGAGAGACGCGGUUGGCUGUUACAUCUCAUGCGGAGGGAGAGAUUGGCGUAUGCUUCAAGAACACGGUUAAAAGUGGUGUUACUCAUGAACAGUCUAUAAAACUCAAACGUAUAAUCGACCUGGAUGUAGAUAUUGGUGCUGAAGCUGUCGACUACAAUGCGAUUGCGAACCAAGAAUCCCUCUCAGGACUUGAAACCGAGAUGAGAAAACUAGAAGGACUCGUGAAGGAGAUUCAGGACGAAAUGCAAUACCUUAAAAAAAGAGAAGAGCGGUUUACGGGCACAAAUGUAUCGACAAAUGACCGCGUUCAGAACUUUGCAUGGUUCACAAUCAUUUCUCUGACCGCAUUAGGCAUCUGGCAAAUUAUGCACCUGAGGUCGUUCUUCAAACGCAAGUAUUUGAUAGACUAA